AUGGGGGACGCCUCGGCGAUCAGGGAGGUCUUCGAGAGGUACGCGAGCAAGACGGGCUCCCUGAGCAGCGAGGAGCUGAGCAGUAUUCUGAAGUCGCUCGGCAGAUUCCGCGAUGCCGACAUCACGGCCAUAUUCGAGCACAUGGACAGGAACCACGACGGGAAGGUCACGUACGAGGAGUUCUCGCAGUGGGUCCAGGGCAGCGGCGGCGGCAGCGAGGAGUCCAAGGCCCGCCAGCUCUUGCAGCCGAGCGCCGACCCGAGCGCCGACCCAGGAGUCCUGAGCACGUUCCUCAGCUUCUGCGGCGAGGGGCACGAGGACAUGGACGGGAGGUGCUUCCUCAAGCUGUGCAAGGUGGUGGAGAAGGGCAAGCGGCGGAUCAACGCCGCGCAGUUCGGCGAGGCCAUCCGGCAGGUCGCUGCGAAGAAGGGCGUGUCCGAGAGCAGCACUCGAGAGGCAGUCUUGAUCGCUGGCCCGCCGAUCGUGAAGGGGACGAAGUCGGACCACGUGCGCCUGCACGACGAUAAGACGACUUACACGGGCUCGCAUGCGCAUGGCCACGUGGACAGCAUAGAUGCUGGCCUUGCUAAGCUGGGCCUUCCCACGGAGAUCGCGGAGCGUCGCAGGCCCUCAAAGUCGCCUUCGCGGCCAGAGGCGGUCUUCGCCCCCAGCGCAGACCGCAAUCCGAAGUCUCUCCACGACGUGUUCUUGAUAUUCUGUGGGAGCGGGCAGCAGACGAUGGACAACCGGAGCUUCGUGAAGCUCUGUAAGGACUGCCAGCUCCUCGACAAGGGCUUCUCCAGCAACGACGCGGACCUCGUGUUCGCCAAGGCCUGCGAGAAGGGCCAGAGGCGGAUCGACAGAAAGCAGUUCGAGGACGCCAUCUGGGCAACGGCGGAGAAGACAGGCGUCGACUACGGCGACCUGAUCAUGAAGAUCAUCCAGAACGGCAGGCCUGUGCUGACGGCCACGCGGGCGGACAACGUCCGGUUCCACGACGAUAAGAGCACGUACACUGGCUCCCACGCCACCAAGACCUCGGACUAG